UCGCCAUAGAUUAUAAGCAACUGUGCUCUCCUUACAUCUCUUCCAUCACUGAUCAGUUCGUUGAAUGCAAACUACAUCUAUCUCUGUUUCUUGCUUCGAAUUCCAUAUAGGUUACACUGAAUUUUCCUUCUUCCUAGGGCCUUCGCUGAGCAGACGAGAAGAAUCGGAGUCAUGGAUUGGGGAAAUGUAACAGCAGAAGAUCUGAUCGAUGCCCUCCGCGAAGUGGACUGGUCAUCACCGCCGCGUCCUCUCUCUGAAUUCUUCUCGAGAUUCACCGUACCGAGAUCCUCCUCUAAAUGGAAUAGCCGCCUCAAAUGCAACCUGUACUACUACCGGACCAACUACUUCCUUUUGAUUGUUUCUGUUCUCAUAUUGGGUUUUCUUCGAAGGCCGCUAGCUAUUGUAGCUGCAUUUCUUACAGCACUUAGCCUUGCUUUCUUAAAUGACAGCUUUGCAGGAACCUUUAGUGAGAAAGUAACACGAACAGUUAGGCAAUUUUCACCACAUUUAGCAGCCAAGAUGAGACCUCCUCUUACGCCUGUUAUCCGUGGACGCCCGUCAGCUAAGAGAGCAAUAUAUAUUUGUGGUCGACCUCGUUGGGUUUUUGUCCUGAUGUUCUCAUUUGUAAGUUUCAUCCUUUGGUUUGUCUCUGCUGGUCUUCUAACUGUGUUAUGGUCGCUUGCAAUUGGUCUUCUUGCCACCAUCCUGCAUGCAAGCUUUAGAACACCUAACUUGAAAGCACGUCUAAACACAUUCCGUGAAGAGUUUCGUGCAGUGUGGCGCAAUUAUAGUGAGCUGUAGUUUACAGUGUGUUUACGGGGAGUCGCCGCUUUUUCAGUUGAAGUAAUUCCUGGUGACUGGAAUGGGACUGUCUGGGGCAAUAUAUCAACCAUUGCUGGUUACAAACAGAAUGUAUAUGGUCAGAGAUCUUGUUCAUGUAAAUUACAUUGUGCUGGACUUCUGGUUGUUCUAUUGUUGACUCUAUCGAGGGGAUGCUUUUCAACCUUUUA